AUGGCUGACGUAGCGAAAAAAGAAUCCGAUGACCAGGGAGUUGUUUCCCUUCCUAGGACAGUUGAGAGUCUCCACCCUCUCAUGAGGACUUGGACAUACUGGUACCUUAAUGAUGAUCGUUCUUCUGAUUGGGAAGACCGUUUGAAGCCUGUAUGCACUUUCAAGACUGUUGAAGAGUUCUGGGCUCUAUACAAUAAUAUUAGACCUCCUAGUGGUUUGAGCAGUACCUGCGAUUAUAAUGUUUUCAAAGAGAACAUUCAACCUAUGUGGGAAGUUCCUCAGAAUCAAAACGGAGGCCGUUGGCUUAUUAAUAUCGAUAAAAAUCGACCCGCUGAACUUAUGGAUUUGAUUUGGUUGGAAAUUCUGAUUGCCAUGAUUGGAGAGCAAUUCGGAGAAGAUAUGGAAUACAUUUGUGGUCUUGUAUGCAACGUCAGAUCUAAAGGAAGCAAGAUUAGUGUUUGGACUAAAGAUUGCAAUGCUGAAGAAGUAAACAUGAGAAUUGGACAAGUGUUGAAGCAAAAACUUUUGUCUGCUGAUGUUCCUAAGAAUAUGCCAAAUCCAUUGUUCGAUAUUUUACGUUAUGAAGAUCACGACAGUUGUCAGAAGAAGAGUGGAAGUACCGUUAAGGCCAAGCUUUCCAUAAGUGCUGUUGACUUACCUGAGAGAUCAUAA